UCCCACAUGCCAACUUGAAUCAUAUGAAUGAAUUGUCGCCGAACCCAAAAAGCCAAUUUUUUAUACUCAUAUCAAACCUCUCAUCUUCUCUGAAAACCCCAUCUUCAUCAUCCACCACGAUCUCAGAAACCCACCUUUCAAAUUCAACUACUGAUCAUCAACCUCAAGCCCCAAAAUGCCUAUCACUUGAAGUACCCUUCAUUCCCACAUGCACAAAUACCCCACCUUCCUUAGCCAACGCCCUCAUCCACUACGCCACCACAAACAUCACCCCACAACAAACCUUCAAAGAUAUAUUAGUAUCAGCAAGGAUCCUAGCAAAGAGGACGCCCUGCAACUUCCUCGUCUUCGGCUUAGGCCGGGAUAGCCUCAUGUGGGCGGCUCUCAACUAUGGUGGCUCCACCGUUUUCCUAAAAGGAAGACUGAGAUUGGAAGGAAGUGUACCUGCGACGACGAGCUUCAAUGACAAAAUUAAGCGGCGCAACGGGAGACCCAUCAUGAAUCAUAUGAGUGAAGUGAAGACUAUGGUUUUCAGAUUCUGCUGGGAAAUCGCCGUAAAACACAGAACUCGUCGGCUUCGAUUCUCUCUCUACACCCAUUCAAUGGACCAACCGAGAUUAGAAGCGGAACCGCAGCAAGGAGCUGAAUCGAUUGAGAGCCGUGCGCCGCCGCUUAGUGGCCGUACCCCAGAGUCCCGAUCGGGUUACUUAGGCGGGUCGGCGAACAAGAAAUGGGUCGAGCAUCUGGGAUGAUUGAUCCGAUCAAGCCCUUUUCUGUUUGC